AUGAACGGCGCAAGCGACCCUGAGAGAGAGCAGGCGCUCGAAGAUUACAAGAAGAGCUUACUAGAGCUUCGAGAAUGGGAAGCUAAGCUCAAGUCUCUGCGGAUGGGCAUCAAGGACCUGCAGAGAGAGUUUGAUAUCUCCGAAGAGAACAUCAAGGCCUUGCAGAGUGUCGGUCAGAUCAUUGGCGAAGUGUUGAAACAGCUGGAUGAGGAGCGAUUCAUUGUUAAGGCGUCAUCCGGUCCCCGAUAUGUUGUCGGCUGCCGCUCCAAGGUCGAUAAAUCGAAACUGAAACAGGGCACUCGUGUUGCCCUGGACAUGACAACACUCACGAUUAUGCGGAUGCUCCCGCGUGAAGUCGACCCGAUGGUGUACAACAUGUCGUUGGAGGACCCUGGUCAAAUCAACUUCGCGGGUAUUGGUGGUCUGAACGAUCAAAUCAGAGAACUUCGAGAAGUGAUCGAGUUGCCAUUAAAGAACCCUGAACUGUUUCAGAGGGUUGGUAUCAAGCCGCCCAAGGGUGUAUUACUCUAUGGACCUCCCGGUACCGGAAAGACAUUGCUGGCACGAGCCGUGGCGAGUUCGAUGGAAACCAAUUUUCUGAAGGUGGUUUCGUCCGCGAUCGUCGACAAAUACAUUGGUGAAUCUGCGCGGUUAAUAAGAGAGAUGUUCGGUUAUGCAAAGGAACACGAGCCCUGUAUCAUCUUCAUGGACGAAAUUGAUGCUAUCGGUGGCAGGCGUUUCUCUGAGGGUACCUCGGCCGACAGAGAAAUUCAGAGAACAUUGAUGGAACUUCUGAAUCAGCUGGAUGGUUUCGACUACCUUGGAAAGACGAAAAUCAUCAUGGCGACCAACCGACCAGAUACCCUUGACCCUGCUCUGCUCCGUGCCGGUCGUCUGGACCGGAAGAUCGAAAUCCCCCUUCCCAACGAGGUUGGCCGUCUGGAGAUCCUGAAGAUUCACUCUAGCACCGUCCAGCUGGAGGGCGAGAUUGAUUUCGAAAGCGUUGUAAAGAUGAGCGAUGGUCUCAACGGUGCCGAUCUGCGGAACGUGGUUACGGAAGCUGGACUUUUUGCCAUCAAGGAUUAUCGGGACGCCAUCAGUCAGGACGACUUUAACAAGGCGGUUCGCAAGGUCGCAGAGGCCAAGAAGCUGGAAGGCAAGCUUGAAUACCAGAAACUGUAG